CCAGCCAAGACACUCUCGACAGUUUGUGUAUACGCCCUCUUUUCUGCCGUCUGAUAUCAUCUCCGCCUUUGAAAAUCGAUGGCUCCGAUCGCGGUUGGCGACAAGAUUCCCGAUGGUACCCUCGCCCACUUCGACGAGGAAGAUAAGAUCCAGCAGGUUUCGAUUCACUCCCUCGCUGCCGGUAAAAAGGUCAUCCUAUUCGGAGUUCCCGGCGCCUUCACCCCAACGUGCAGCAUGCAGCAUGUGCCAGGUUUCAUUGGACAUGCAGAAGAUCUGAAAUCCAAGGGAAUUAGUGAAAUUCUGCUUAUCAGCGUUAAUGACCCUUUUGUGAUGAAGGCAUGGGCAAAGACAUACCCUGAGAACAAACACGUCAAGUUCCUAGCUGACGGUUCUGGCACCUACACCCAUGCGCUAGGCCUUGAGCUCGACCUUUCUGAGAAAGGGCUUGGGACCCGGUCCCGAAGGUUUGCUCUCUUGGUUGAUGACCUCAAGGUGAAGGUUGCCAAUAUCGAAGAGGGUGGAGAAUUCACGGUCUCCAGCGCGGAAGACAUCAUCAAGGCUCUUUGAGUAAUUUCCAGACCCAUCCAGGUUCUACUCUGCUUCUAAUAGUCUUUCCUUCUUGUGCUUUUGAGCCCUUCAUGAAAGGGCUUUGGAUCUGUUGACGUUUGGUUUGGGUUCCAUAGUUGUGGUGUUUUAUCAGUAGUUGGAUUGUAUGAAAUAAUUGGUGUGCUUCUUUCACAUGGAUAUGUAUGAAAUUUGGAUUGGAUGGGAUGUUUAGUAGAGAUGUGGGGGCUUUGGCCCACCCAUUUUGGGUCCA